AUGAAAAUUGUGUUUGAUUCAUUUCUGACAUCUUCUGAUCCAGUUCGGCGGUUGAGUAAGUUUACAUAUUUUAUUCUUCACACAGAUGGAACACAGAAGAAAGCUCGAACUUUUGAUUUCAUGGCUAUGUUUGAAGAAGCAAGACAAACAGCUAUUGGUAGAACCUCUCAUAAUUUAGAUCCCACUGACAAAAACACAGAAACAAAAAGUAAAAGUCAAAAGAAGGAAAGUAGUGACUCCAGUGAAAGUGACUCUGACAGUAACUCAGAAAGUGACUCAUCAGAUGUUGAGAAACAAGCUAAGACUAAAGGUGAUUCUAUUGGACCACCACUUCCUCCUGGGUUUAAAUCUGUAGAUCUAAAGCCUGUCACUGAACAUGGUGAUGAUGACAUGAUAGGACCUCCUAUACCAACUAAAAUGAACACAGAUAAUGAUGAUGAUGAUGAUGAAGAAGAUGAUGAUGACACCAAGGAUGAUGAAGAUAACCUUCUCAAUACGAUUCCAUCGAGUCAUGAAAUAGUUUUAAAUCAUGGAUCAAAAACAGUGUCAGCUCUAGCAUUAGAUCCAGCUGGAGCUAGACUAGUUACUGGUGGCUAUGAUUAUAAUGUAAGAUUAUAUGAUUUUGCUGGUAUGGACUCAUCAUUUCAAAGUUUUAGAUCCUUACAGCCCUGUGAAAGUCAUCAGAUUAAAAGUUUACAAUACAGUACAACUGGUGAUACUAUAUUAGUUAUUGCUGGUAAUUCACAAGCUAAGGUAUUAGAUCGAGAUGGUUUUACUGUGUUAGAAUGUGUGAAAGGAGAUCAGUAUAUAGUAGAUAUGGCUAGUACACUUGGACAUUGUGCAAUGUUAAAUAGUGGAUGUUGGAAUCCUAAAAUACGAACAGAAUUUAUAACAUGUUCAAAUGAUUGUACCAUGAGACUAUGGGAUAUUAAUAUUAAACAUAAACAUAAAAGUAUAAUGAAACCAAAAAAUAAACAAGGUAGAAAGACUAUACCUACAGCUUGUGUAUUUAGUAAUGAUGGUAGAUAUAUGGCUUGUGCUUGUGAUGAUGGCUCUAUACAAAUGUGGGAUCAUAAUAAGCCAUUUUUAGUAACUAUGGUUAACAGAGAAGCUCAUACAUUAGGUUCAGAAACCAGCAGUUUAACCUUUUCAUAUGAUGGUAAUAUAUUAGCUUCAAGAGGAGGUGAUGAUACCUUAAAAUUAUGGGAUAUUAGAAAAUUUAAAAAACCUUUAAAUGUUGUCAAUGGCUUAACCAAUUUCUUCCCAAUGACAGAUUGUGUGUUUAGUCCAGACAACAGAUUAAUAGUUACUGGUACUUCUGUUAAAAAAAAUCAAGGCUCAGGCAAACUGUUAUUUUUUGAAAAAGAAACACUGAAUUUAGUCACAGAAAUGGAAAUCUCAGAUUCUAGUGUGGUAAGAUGUUUAUGGCAUCCUAAAUUAAAUCAGAUGGUAGUUGGUAGUGGAGAUGGUAUUGUUAAAAUAUAUUAUGAUCCAGCCAAAUCUCAUAGGGGUGCUAUGUUAUGUACAGUUAAAAAGAAGAAAAAACAGAAAGAAUUACAAGGAAUGACAUCAAAACAAAUCAUCACACCCUAUGCAUUGCCAAUGUUUCGAGAAGGACGACCUACUACAAGUAGAAAGGUUGAAGAAAGAUUACGUAAAGAUCCAGCUAAGAGUAAACGACCAGAUCUACCAGUAAGUGGUCCAGGUACUGGUGGAAGAGUUAGAGAAAGGGGAGCAACUCUCUCACAAUAUGUCGUACAGUCUAUAGUGUUACGGAAACCUGAUCCACAUGAAAAUGAUCCUAGAGGUGCUAUAUUACGUCAUGCUGAAGAGGCAGAAACAAAUCCUUACUGGAUUACACCGGCUUAUAAAAGGAAUCAACCACAUCCAGUUUUUCAAGAACCAGAUGAAGAAAAGAAAGAAGAUGAUUCAGGACCAUUGUGGAAGAAAACUAAAAUAGGAUGAAAUAUAUGUUACAAUCCUCUAAAGGAAAAGAUUUCUGUAAGAAUUGGUGCUAAUAAAAUACUAGUUCUGAAUAAUUGGAUUAUAUGAGUGUUAUUUUCGAGGAAAUUUGUCAUGGCAUUAGGUGAAAAUGUUUUUGAAUAUGAGAUAACUUUGUAAGAUCUGAUAUAAGUGGAAUAACCUGCUAUAAAUAAGGACUGUUCAAGAAAUUUUAUAUUUUUUGAACUUUAAUGAAAUGGAUCAUUCAGUUUUUAAAUGAAUGAUAUUUUAUAGAUAUUUGUUAUAGUUUCUAUAUACCGGUAUAUGAAGAACGAGUCAAAAAUGAAAUGAAUUUUAUAGUGUUAAUGAUAUACUGUAGUGACUGUUGAGAUAGAGUAAAGCUUAAAGAAUAUGACUUGCAUAUUGAACAUCAGGAAUCUCAUUAGGCACGUGCAUGGACAUGGAUUUUGGAAUUGUUUGUUAGGAGCAUUACACUGUGAUUCAUUAUGAAGUUUUUGUAUACAAACUACAUCUUUUCAAGACCUUUUUGACUCCCAUAUUAUGUACUUAGCAAUUCACUUUGUUCCACAAUAAGAGAAAGUAAAAACUGAAACUAUC